GUGUGGGUAUGGCCAUGAGAAAAAUGGGAAGCAUGGCCAAACCAGAUGUUUACAUUAUUAAGGAUGGGGACACAAUCACCGUAAAAACAGAAAGCACCUUCAAAACUUCACAGUUCAGCUUCAAGCUUGGUGAGAAAUUUGAAGAAAAUACAUUAGAUGGCAGGAAAACUCAGACCCUUGUCAGCCUAAAAGAUGAUGGAUCAUUGAUCCAGGAGCAGGUAGGCAAGAAGACCACAAUAACACGGAAAUUAGUGGAUGGACAACUGGUGGUGGAGUGUGACAUGAAUGGUGUCAAGUGUACUAGAGUCUACCAGAAAGCAUGA